UAUGGAACAACGAUGGAGGAAAGUUGGCAUAGGAAAUCUUGGUUCGAUUUGGCCAGAUUUAGACUCAAUGGACUAUAAAGUUCCCGAAGGACCUUAUUUUACAGGUAAUUUUAACAAUCCAGUAGAUAAUGAUGGUCGAAAAAAACUUAAUAUCGAACGAAAAGUAUGUGUUCUUGGUAAUAAGAAUGUUGGUAAAACACAUAUAAUUAAGUCAUUGGGGAAAGUUUCGUGGAUUGAGAGUAGCUAUUCAUCAAAUGGAGUUUAUUCAAGAUUUCUGACAAAAUAUACAAUUAACAUUCCACUUUUAAGCGUUUCUGAAAAAUUUCAAACUAAAGAAGCCAGUAAAUUUCUUGAAUUGGAAUUUAUUGAAAUCAGUUCAUUGAAGGAAUGUGAUGAAUUAAGAAGAAAAGAAAUAAACAAUUGUCAUUUAAUAAUAUUUGUUUAUUCAUCAAACGAUCAAACAAGUUUCGAUGAUUUAACAAACAGAUGGUUGAAAUUUAUUCAUAAAUUAACAACACCUGCAUUAAUUAUUGAUAAUUACAGACAAGACGACAUUCGAUGUUUUUCUUUAGAAGUUGGUCAAGAAAGAGCAUUUCUUAAUGGUGUAAAGUUUGCCUCGUUCACAAAUGACAAUCAAAUAAUCGAAGAUCUUAUGAAGACUAUAACGAAUCUAAUUUUAUCGUUAAACGUUUAUAAGAAGAAAAAUGAAGGAGCAGAAAAAUUGGAUCAAUACAUAAAUCUAAAAAUUAAGUGGGUUAAAAGAAAUUCAGCUUGUUUCAAUCGCUUACCUGGAGUAGGACAUCCCACUAUUCACAUUGAACAGAAUACAGACAAAAAGAAGAAGAAAGAAAAGCUUACAACAGUUCAUAAAUACUCAACAGCUUCGACGAUUACUAGGAAAAUAUGUGUUUUAGGCAAUAAAAAUACAGGAAAAACCCAUCUUAUAACUUCUCUAGUAUCAUUUUUUCAAGAUGGAUUAGACGAAUUUUAUACUAAUUCUACGGAUUUUGUGUUUUCACAAACUGUUACCGUACCUUUAAAUAAACAAUCUGCAAAAGAAAGGAAAAAACUACCUGUACUGUGUGAAAUUGUUCUAACGGAAAUAGCUUCUAAUAAAAGUCUAGACGCAAUAAGACAAGAAGAAUUAUUAAAAAGUCAUGCAGUUAUUAUAGUUUAUUCACCAAACGAUAGAUUUAGUUUUUGGGAUGUUUCAGAAAGAUGGGUGCCAUUGAUAGAGAGUACUGUAAAUAAUUCAAUACCAAUUAUUAUAAUAUGCAAUAUAAGGCAGGAAGAAUAUAGUUUUGUAUCUACAGAGGAAGGUAAACACAUGGCAAUAAUGAACAAAUGCGGAUUUCUUGUAUUUGAAAAUGAAAGCCAAUCAGCUGAAAAUAUUUUAUACAAUAUUGCAGUUACUUCGGUUUCUUCACACAGGGAUAAGAAGAAAUCUGCAGUCUGUUCUGUAAUGUAA